AUGACCGAGGCUUUGUUCAAGAGCAAGUUUGAGAUUUUUAGAAACCAGACUGGCUUGAAGAAGAUGAAUUCCUCUGAGUCGAAAAGGGGGACAUUUGAUGGAGAUUUUCUCCUCAUUGCUGAGUUCGAUGAAAUUUUUGAGAUAUCAUCGAAUAUUUUUGAGAUUUUUCACCCCUGUUCGCUGGACAAUUUUGGAAAUUUUUGGAUUCCAAUUGCCCAUGUAAUCAGGGUUUCGAUCGGCCCUGCAGUGCCGUUCCUGGCAUGGGCCAUUGCACAGCUGGGAUGGAUAGCAGGGCCCAGCCUCAUGUUCCUUUUCUCCUUUGUGUUCUGCUACUCUUCCACCAUCCUCGCUUACUGCUACCAGUCGGGUCAUCCUGUUACCGGCAAGAGAAACGAAACUUACAUCGAUGCUGUUCGGGCCAACCUUGGUGAAGUUAAGGUUAAGAUCUGUCAUGUGUUUGAAUACCUCCAUCUGCUUGGUAUGGCCAUUGUUGCCAUGAUCACAGCGUUGAUCAGCAUGAUGGCGAUCAAAUGCUCCGACUGCUUCCACGAGAGUGGAGAGAAGAACCCGUGCCACAUGUCGAGCAAUCCUUACAUGAUUGUGCUCGGCGUCUUCGAAAUCAUCUUCUCUCAAAUUCCCAAUUUCGAGGAGAAUUGUUGGGUCCACAUUAUCACACCCGUCAUGUCCUUUAUCUACUUAGCCGUCAGCCUAUGUCUCGGAGUAGCCCAGGUCGCAGCUAGAAGGAGCUUCAAAGGCAGCCUGACUGGAAUAAGCAUUGGCACAGUCACACAAACUCAAAAGAUCCGGAGAAGCUUCCAAGCUGUCGGCGACAUUGCAGCCGCCUACUCUCAUUUGACAAUCCUCAUCAAGAUACAGAACAAAACCAAACCGCCACCUUCAGCGGCCAAAACCAUGAAGAAGGCCACCCUCCUCGGCCUCACCAUCACAACGGCCUACAAAACUCUCUGCUUCUGCAUUGUCUACGCCACGUUUGGCGACAGCACUCCCACCCCCCUCCUCGCCGGCUCUGGCUUCUACAAACCCUUCUGGCUGCUCGACAUCGGAAACAUGGCAAUCAUCAUCCACCUCGCCAGCGUCUACCAGCUCAGCUGCCGGCCCUUCUUUGCAUUCGUCGAGGAGUGGGCCAACCAAAAACGGCCCAACAGUAAAUUUAUCACAAAGGAGAUCCCAGUCAGCUUCUGCACCUACAAACUCAAUCUCUUCCGUCUGGUGUGGCGGUCCAUCUUCGUCGUGGCUACCACCAUCAUCUCCAUGAUCUUCCCAUUCUCCAAUGAUGUAGCUGGAAUGGUCGGUGGGGUAGGGUUUUGGCCACUUACCGUCUACUUCCCAGUAGAGAUGUACAUUGUCCAGAAGAAGAUACCCAAGUGGAGUGCUGAGUGGGUGUGCCUCCAGAUACUCAGCUUGGCCUGCCUCAUCUUCUCGGUAGCCGCUUUGGUGGGGUCCGUUGCAGGCAUGGUCCUUGAUCUGAAGCUAUAUCCACCGUUCAAGAUCAUCCAUUAUGACCCCUUUGCCUAGCGUCAUGUUUAUGUUUUAUUUAUUUUAUUUUUAUUUAUUUAAACACGCACA